AUGUCGUCCCCCCGUGUUAACUCCGCCCGUAUGCCAGAGUAUGUCGGAAAGACGGUGAGAAUAGUGGGCAAGAUGGUCGAGUGGGCGGAGAAUGGGGAGUUCGCAAUCAUGGAAACGAGUGACGGAGGGCAGGUCACAGUCCAACUGGCGAAAGUUGAUAUGGAUGCUAUGAACGAUACGUAUUUCGAGGUCAUCGGCACACCCGUUGACGGGAGUACGAUCAAGAUGGUGAAUUGCUGUAACUUAGGGGAUCAUCUGAACUUGAAGCUCGCCAACGAUGUCAUCGAGCUGACGCAUGACAAACGGUUCAAAGGAAGGAUGUUCUGA